GCCCAACAUUUUACCAGAAAAAGUCUGAGUGGCUUUAGAUACUUCAACCGUCGCGUCGUCGGGAAGUCUGGGCUUCCCUGCUGAAGCUGCUGCGCCCGCGACCCGGCAACGGAUAAGCGGGAGAAGACGAAGACAUUUGUUGCAGUUGCAAGCGCUGAAAGCUAGACAUGCAAACCUGGACCAGGUCUUACACUAAACUGCAACACUUUGAGGGUUUCAGUUCCCUUCAAAAGUACCAGUAACGUAAACACAAAUGGUGAUGAGCCUGCGGGUGUCGGAGCUGCAGGUUCUGCUGGGCUACGCUGGGCGCAACAAGCACGGACGCAAGCACGAGCUGCUGACCAAGGCGCUACAUCUGCUGAAGGCCGGCUGCAGCCCCGCUGUGCACAUGAAGAUCAAAGAGCUGUAUCGACGGCGCUUCCCUGCCAAAAUGGUAUCCCACACAGAGCUGGCCAUGCCCGGACCACAUCACCCGGCCACAGCUGGAAUGGUCGGAGGAGGGGGUGCCGCACUGCCUGCUGGCCUGACACAGCUGGCGUAUGAGGGUCAUGCCGGUCACGGUGGCGCCCCAUCGCCCGCUGCCUUAUUGCCCCUCUCAUUGCUCGGCCCUGGGAAACACGAGUUGACCGGGCUGACGCACCACCUGUCCAACUCGGCCACGCUGCACCCGGUCCACCCAGAUGUCAAGCUCCAGAGGCUGCCCUUCUAUGACAUGCUGGACGAGCUCAUCAAGCCAACCAGUCUAGCGUCAGACAACAGCCAGCGGUUUCAGGAGACAUGUUUCGCCUUUGCAUUAACGCCACAGCAAGUCCAGCAGAUCAGCAGCUCGAUGGACAUCUCGGGGACCAAAUGUGACUUCUCAGUUCAAGUUCAGUUGCGGUUUUGCCUGUCGGAGACGAGCUGUCCUCAGGAAGACCAUUUUCCACCUAAUCUCUGUGUGAAAGUCAACGGGAAGCCAUGUAACCUGCCGGGGUAUCUUCCUCCAACCAAAAACGGCGUAGAGCCCAAGCGGCCCAGCCGCCCCAUCAACAUUACCUCACUGGUCAGAUUGUCCACCACAGUCCCCAAUACCAUUGUGGUGUCGUGGACCGCCGAGAUCGGAAGGAGUUACUCCAUGGCAGUGUACUUGGUGAAGCAGCAAUCAUCCACAGUGCUGUUACAGAGACUACGGGCAAAAGGCAUCAGAAACCCAGACCACUCCAGGGCACUCAUCAAAGAGAAACUAACAGCGGACCCAGACAGUGAAAUAGCCACGACCAGCCUCCGAGUGUCCCUGCUCUGCCCGCUGGGGAAGAUGCGGCUGAUGAUCCCAUGCCGGGCGCUGACAUGCUCCCACCUGCAGUGCUUUGACGCCACGCUCUACAUCCAGAUGAACGAGAAGAAGCCCACCUGGGUGUGUCCUGUCUGCGACAAGAAGGCCCCCUAUGAACACCUCAUCAUCGACGGGCUUUUCGUGGAGAUCCUCAACAGCUGCAUGGACUGUGAUGAGAUCCAGUUCAAGGAGGAUGGCAGUUGGGCCCCGAUGAGGUCUAAGAAGGAAGUGCAGGAGGUCUCCGCUGCUUCCUAUAACAACGGGCUGGAUGGUUCGUGUCGGACGUCUGCGGGCUCAGAUCAGCGGAGCUCCUCGUCGUCCAGCCACGGUGGCAGCGACGGCAGCAACGGCAAGAAAGUGGAGGUGAUCGACUUGACACUUGACAGCUCCUCAGACGACGAAGGGCAGGAUUCACCGCCUCCGCCGCAGCCACCGCUGCCUCCUCCACCCAAAAGAGCAUGUCCCUCUAUGUCGCCGACCUCGCCGCCUGUCAUCAACAAAGGAGUGUUGAACCUGCAUCACCAGGCCUCUCCUGUGAGUCGUACUCCCAGCAUGCCAGCUGUGGACACCAGCUACAUCCCUCCGGUCCCCCCACUGAUCCAGGACUAUAGACCUUAUUACCACACCCCCAACGACCUGUCAGAGUUGAACUUCUUCUCUUUUCUUCAAGGAGACAAUCAUCAGCAUUACAACAUGGUGAUGGCAGCAGCGGCCGCCGCCUCGGACGACCACGAGCUGCUUCUCAACCGCUUCCUGCCCUACAGCACCUCCUCCUCUUCCUCCCAGCUGUUCCUCGACCAAUCGGGAGCCUCCUCGGCCACCUCGCUGACCGCGCCGACCAAUGGGGCGAGCAACUCGGGCAGCACCAGCAGCCUGGUGUCGUCCAGCAGCCUCCGUGACACCCACUCCACACACUCGUCUUCACACUCGGGCUCACACUCGUCACACGCACACCCCGGGGUCGUGGCCAGCCGGAGCAGCACUGAAGCAGCGGUGGCAGCUAUUUACGGUGGGAUACCUGACGUUAUAUCGUUGGACUGACUAAAGAAGAGUCGAGACUACCCUUUGGGUCCAGCUACGAUCCAGUGACAAACUUUUCGACUGUAGGGUAAAGUUUUGAUCCAGAGACUAGACUGGUAAAGACAAGACUGCCUCAAGAAGAGCACUAAUGUUAUGACGGUUCCCUUCACUAGACUGACCUGAGAACCAAUAGUGAGUCAUCAUUGAAAGGGGUCGGCUGUGGACGUCGUGUUGGCGGUACUGACGUCAGAUCAGACACCUGUCCGGCAUGUGAACCCUUGUUACUGUUUUUACUGGUAUCAACCCGGCACAAACGGCGAAGACGCUACCUGAGCAAAAACACAAAGGAGGAAGGCUUUUUUUUACAAAAACGAGGAGUGGCACCGUGUACAGAGAACAAAAUAUAUUUUCCUCUUUUACUUUUGUAUGUUAAAUCGGGACAUUUUCAGUCUUGUGAGCUGCUUCGAUGUUUGCUGUUUUUAAGUGGAGGACAAGAGGUUUGUUUCGUUUUGUUUUGUUUCACAUUACACACACGCCUGUUGCCAUGUGAUUAUUCUUUUUUCUUCUCUUUUCGCUCUAUCCUGCCUAAAUUUCCUAAAUAUGAAUUCUCCUUUUUAUCUUUCUCUCUUGCUUGAGCUCAUUUUUAAAUUGCAUUAAUUUCUCUAUCCAAUGACAAGAACUUUUCAGACACUGAAUUUACAGUUUAUUCAUGUACUAAUAAUUUUAUUAUGCUUUUAAGUUAUGUAUGAUAUUUAAACAGUUAUAAAUAUAUAUAUAUAAAUAUAAAUAUAUAUAUGCAUUCCCUCUGACCUUCAGGUUAACGCUGUGGGGAGUGUGUUGGUGGAAAUUAGCCAUUUCUGGUUUUUCGUUUUCACUCCUUGGUUUCCAACUCCUCCUAAAGACUCUGCCGGCAUACAGCAUUUAGAAAUGGAGACUAUUUAUACUUGCCAAUUUAGAGUUUUCAGCUGGAAGAGUUGUUUUUUUUAUUUUUAUUUUUGUUUUAUUUUAUUGUUUGUUUGUUUUUUGCGAAAUGCCAAAAAUAACAUACGGUACCUAUGAAAAUGAUCACAAUAAUCAGAGUGCAGUUGAAUCUAUGUGCCACAGUGUUUUCGGUCCACUUUUCAGUUUCAGCUGGUGGUUAGUGAGACGCUCUGUCCUUUCUGUCUUUCGUCUUCUCAGUUUCAACGUUUUGUGCUCGACCGUUUAAAAAAAGAAAAGAAGAAAGAAUCCCAGUGAAGGUCAAGCUGUCGUCGCAGCUUGUUGUAGCUUUUCAAAUAAAACAGGCGUCCGCGACAUGCGACCGCGUUUAAACUUAGUGCCUGUUUGUGUGCAUGCUUCACGGUGUGUUCGCAGGGUGGAGUUUUCAAACCCAAAAUGAAUGUCUUAAAUGGUCACACGUAAACCUCUGUCCCAUCUCUGUGGAAGACUCGAGUUGCGACUGAUAUCUCUGACGGUCGAGGCAUUAUCUUUGGUAAGACAUUUCAGUGCCGCAGUGAAAGAGGGGAGAUCUAAACACUUAAACUUGGGCACAAAGCCAGCUGGUUUAAAAAAUACACGACCUGUCUGUAACUUAAAAACCCAACAAGAGAGUCGGCAUACGAUGUGGACGUGUCAAAACGAGGUGGAGGUUUCGGGAAUACCUCGAUUCAGCUGCUCAUGAAUGUAUUGUACAAAGAUUGGAGACACUUUUGCUUCCAUUUCACUCAUCAACAGUGUCGUUUGGUCACGUUACUGGUGACUUACAGUAGCCCCGGUACUCCCUCCUACAGCUGGUGUCUCCUUGAAACUUUCCCCUCUUAUCAGUCUCUCCUCGAUGUUCCACUUCCAGACGUCCGAGACAGGCAGCUCACUUUAAAGCCUCAUUAUCCCCACCAUGAUGAGAUAACCACGUCUGACAGCAAACCCCCAUCACCUGACAUCCACCGUCCUGUCCUUCAGCAGCUAACUGGGAGAACCUAAAAUGACCCCCAGCCAUCUCCACCCCUCCUUCCCAUCCUUGCUCCCUGUUGGCAUCUUCAACUUUAUUCCCUGUUCUUCUCACGGGAACCAACCCCGGCUCUCAAUCUGACAGCCGGAACAAGUCUUUUGUGUAUUUUCCUGUGUUGUGCAGUAUUUUAUUUAUUUUGUAUUCUUAUUUCUAUAUAUUAUAUUUUUACAAACUGUUUGAUUUUCAUGCGUGAGUGUGUGAGAGAGUUCACUGUCACUCUGGGAGCUGUUGCGAUAUGAUUUUAUUUAAUAUGAAUUUUAUUAUUCUUUCUGGUCUUAUUAUUUCACACAAGGGUACCAUUUAGUUAUUCAUCCUGAAGAUACCCGCGUGACACACACUUUUAAUAACGGCACAACAACACAUGCUUAAUUAAUACGUGCAUGACUCAUGAUGGCUUGAUGUGUGAAUUCAUUCAGGAUGAAUUCCUGUUGCUCACCAUGAAGAAAUGAUCGGUCAACACGUAAUGGGUCAUCGAUUACUUUUUAACAAACAUGACGUGUUGCUGCAACCCAACAACAACAGAAACAACCUCCAGGAACAUUUUUAUCAACUAACAGACGGAUUAGCAUGAUGUUUUUCGACUCUUUUCCUUUCUACUUUACCUCCUGACUUUAGUCAUUGCCCUGUGUUUUAAAAAAAACACAGAAAACAUGCCCUCGUGGACGCCCCAAUAGUAGAUAAACAUGAUAAACUUCCCUCUAGAGUCAUAACUAAGACAAAAAAUAAAUAAACUGGUUACAUAGUUAAUUAGUUCCUCAGGUUACAGAAGUGCAGUAGUUAUACUCACUUAAUAACUUCGUGCCCUAUUACAUAGCUGGUUUUUAUUUUUUCGCCCCUGUCCCUCAAACUGCACGAGUCCACCACUGCCUCAUGGCUAAAUGAACAGUUUUACUCACAUGUCACAUAUGAUUUGGGUUUUAGUAUAAAAUUCUCUUCCUUGCCACACUGAACUUCUCUUAAACAAACAAAAAACAUAGAAACUGUAUUAAAAACGACUCACUUGCUAGCUUAUAAAUGUGAUAUAAACAAAGACAAUCGGGUCGUGCAGCGACAUGCAGAUGUUUACAUCUGACCGUGCCUUUAAAAACAGCCUCAGCUGUAAAUAGAGAAAAAAUUCCAAUGAUAACAUAAACAAACCCACUCAAUUAGUUAAAAAUACUCAGUGAAAAAUAAGGCUGCUUUCCUCCAUACGUAUCUGGAUUCCAGCUAAUUUGGUGGCUUAUGAAUGAAUGUAUGGAGUAAGUGAUGCUCCAUUAAGUUUUAAACAAUCACAUAAACCCACAGUGACUUGAUCAUUUCUUAAUAAAGAGCAACAGGAAGUCAUCGCAUCACGGUUCAUGCAUCAGUUAAACAUCACAUCAGCACGCGUGUGUGUUUGUACCUUUUAUUGUGGAAGUGUUACCCUGACUUGUUGUACCGAUGAAGAUGCUGAUCCUCGAGUUUCUGUCUUGUUGGUUUGAAUAUUAAUCACCGGCAUUCGGAUGCUUAAUAAGGUGGUCACCGUUAAUAAAUGCAUUUGAUCACAAUUUAAUUUAACGCUUGUUGGGAGACAGUGCUGCAGAUUAACGCGCACGAUGUGAGAGAGGCCGGGUGUGUUUCUGUUUUAGUGCUCUACAUACUCAGAGGGGGUCUACACGGGACCAGACUCCCCUCCCUCCCAACCUGUUUCAUAACGUUCAGCGUCCACAGCUCCAUCAUGUGGCUCACAAUUGUUAAGUUUUCAGAGGGAGAAGCAGUUAUUGUCGAGCUCUUUCUUUUAGUCACUCUAACAAAUUGAUUUUGUUGUUGUUAGAAAAUGCCAGAUUGCAUGCAGGGACGGUGAAGCACGGGGCUUUAUCCAUCUCAAGUCCACCUUUCCAAUUUCAUUCACACACAGGUGUGAACACGUGCGUUGUGUAUUCACAGCAGCCGUUUGUAUUCCCUGGUUUGAACUCUGUGUGGAAACUAGGCCAAGUCCAACAUCUGCACGGAGGAAAGUGAACGAAAUAAGGCCACUAUUACCAGUAGUCACUCUUUACUGUGUUUUUGAAAAAUCUCCACAGGCAACCUCAACAAAGCAGCUUAAACCUUUGGUUGCCAUGAUGUCUCAACCUUAGAUAAAAGGGAAAAAGUCAACAAUAUGUAUAAUAUGUCUGUAUGGAAACCUGAAAACUGAGAGUUCAGAUCCAAAUGUGAGUGUUUGAUGUCCGUUUGUAUGCUUUUUGUGUGUCGAUUCAGAGCGAGAGAAUAAAUUAAUUUAUAUAUUUUUUAGAAAAUGAAAGCUGUACUAUUAUUAUUGUUAUUAAAAAAAAAAAAGGACUGUGGCCAAUAAAAAAAGAGUCUUACACAACAGAAAUAAUCGCAAAGUCAGACUCGAGUCGACAUCUGCACUCACUGCCUUAAAACAUUCACAGGUUCUGUUUCACGGCUCCAAUCCGAGAAAAAUCUAAAAAAGGCUUUUCAAAGAGGGCAAGGAGAAGAGACGGUGUACAGUAGACCCUUGUCAGUUUGUACAAAUAUACUAAGUGAAAAAAAAAUAUUUAUUACCUGCAUUGGAAGAAAUUGUUUACUUAUUGAAUGUUACCUGUUUAUGUAGAAAAGUUUAGAUGUAAUAAAAUGCAUUCUGUUA